CAGUAUCGAUUGAAACACCCUUCUACGUUGUCUCUUUCCCUAUUCCCAAACUCCGACCUUUCUUCCACCCCCCAAACUAAAACCCUGCCCACCAUGCCGGAGAUGGCCUCCGCCGAACCUCCCUCCACCGCCGCGGCCCUUUCCCAGCCAUACGUCCUCCAACAGACCCUGACGGGCCACGAGCGCGCCGUCUCCGCCGUCAAGUUCUCCCCGGACGGCUCCCUCCUCGCGUCCGCCUCCGCUGACAAGAUCCUCCGCGUCUGGUCCACCGCAGAUUUCUCCCUCCGCGCCGAGCUCUCUGGCCACGACGAGGGCAUCUCCGACCUGUGCUUCUCCUCCGACGGCCGCUACCUCUGCUCCGCCUCCGACGACCGCACCGUCCGGAUCUGGGACCUGGCCACCUCCGUCGCCGCCAAGACCCUCACCGGCCACACCAACUACGUCUUCUGCUGCUCCUUCAACCCCCAGUCCAACAUGAUCGCCUCCGGCUCCUUCGACGAGACGGUCCGCGUGUGGGAAGUCAAGUCCGGCAAGUGCCUUCGCGUCCUCCCCGCCCACUCCGAGCCCGUAACCGCCGUCGACUUCAACCGCGACGGGACCCUUAUCGUCUCGAGUAGCUACGACGGGCUGUGCCGGAUUUGGGACGCCGCGACCGGGCAUUGCGUGAAGACCCUUAUCGAUGACGAGAGCCCGCCGGUUUCGUUCGUCAGGUUCUCACCCAAUGGGAAGUUUGUCCUCACCGCGACCCUCGAUAGCACAUUGAGGCUAUGGAACUUUUCGGCAGGUAAAUUUCUCAAGACAUAUACCGGACACGUUAACUCAAAGUUCUGCAUUCCAGCUACCUUCUCGGUCACAAACGGGAAGUACAUUGUCAGUGGUUCGGAAGACAACUGCGUGUACCUGUGGGAUCUCCAAACAAGAAAAAUUGUGCAGAAACUGGAAGGUCAUACCGAUACUGUUAUUGCAGUGUCGUGCCACCCAUCUGAAAACAUGAUUGCUUCUGGCGCACUCAGUAACGACAAGACAGUCAAGAUCUGGGCUCAGAGGAGCGAGGGUCAACUCAAAGACUGAGUUUUCCUCUAACAACCUAUUAACAGUUGGAUGAAUCCAACCCACUCAUCUUUGUUAUCAAUCAGUUGUAGGGCUGGGGUCUGCGCCCCGAUUUGUUGUAUUAACUUUCUUUUACAUGUGAUGCAACAAUCGUUAUCUGGCAGACCGUAUGGUCUUUCUAGUGUCCGACAUGGGUUAUCGUCUAAUGGUAGUACAACAGAGCAUAUCUUGCAGGUUUGA